ACAUUUCACAAAAUGAAUUAAGACAGGGGUGGCGAGAUUGUGCUUCCGGUUCAGAAGUCAACUCGUCCAAGUAGCAGCAGCGGCAGAAACGCGACUGCCAUCGUCAAAAACCUUCACAAACUCGACCGAAAUCUCCAUUUUAAAUCAUGUCUCACACAAUCUUGCUGGUGCAACCCACGAAGAGGCCAGAGGGACGAACGUAUGCCGACUACGAGUCCGUCAACGAGUGCAUGGAAGGUGUGUGCAAGAUGUACGAGGAGCACCUGAAGAGGAUGAACCCCAACAGUCCGUCCAUCACGUACGACAUCAGCCAGCUCUUUGAUUUCAUUGACGACCUGGCGGACCUCAGCUGCCUGGUGUACCGCGCCGACACGCAGACGUACCAGCCCAACAACAAGGACUGGAUCAAGGAGAAGAUCUACGUGCUGCUGCGCCGUCAGGCCCAGCAGGCCGCCAACUGAGCCGCGUUCCGGUCCUCUUCCGACCCGGUCCCGUGCAUCCGUUCCCCCUCUGUUGUGUGUCGCCCCCUCGAAGGAAGGAAGAUUUUUGUAUUUUACGGUUUGUGUUACGAAUAAAGCUUUCAUUUACACGAC